CUUCCACGUGGCAUCAACAAAGUCCAGCUGUGCUGGCUAUUAAUAGCGACAGCAGUCGGAGAAGUCAAGUCUGCUGAAGGGAAAGGAAACGGUCAAGAAAGAUUUUGCGUUGGAUCUUUCUUCGCUCGCACCCAUUAUUUCACGAGCAACGAGCAUUGUUCGACAGACUUACGAGAAGUUAGAUCGUUGCUGUUGUUGCCUAUCCAAAAGAUGAAGCUUCUGGGAGUAUUAUCCUCCUCUCUACUACUUUGUUGUAGUCCGGUAUCUGCUGCCCCUUUGGGAGAUUUGGUCGAUUAUCUUCCGGGAUACGGACGUCCUCCGACACCUCAGUUUUCGGGAUUCCUCAAUGCCACGGCGGGCUGUGAUACGGCCACCAAUGGCAAUGGCUGUUAUCUCCAUUACUGGUUGGCGUUGGCCGAAGAAGAUCCAUGGAAUAAACCUACCAUCUUGUGGUUGAAUGGAGGCCCCGGCAGUUCGAGUAUUCUCGGGUUUCUCCAAGAACUGGGUCCCCUCUUGAUGAAUGCCACGGGAGGAUUGAUGGACAAUCCCUAUGGAUGGACCAAGGUUGCCAAUGUAUUUGCCCUAGAGGCACCCGUCGGAGUGGGAUACAGUUAUUGCGAAAAUCAAAAGAAAGGAACCGUAUGCAAAAACACCGACAAGUUCACCGCAUCGGCGUCGCGGGCUGCCAUGGUCGACUUUUUCCAAGACAAAUUUCCGGAACUGGGCCAAAACGACUUUUUUAUCGUGGGAGAAUCCUACGCGGGUGUGUACAUUCCCACCUUGACCAAGGAAAUUUUGGAUCAUGCUGCCGAACAGGUACCCCUCAAGGGCAUUGCCGUCGGAGAUCCCUGUACCGAUAACACGGCACAACAAGAUUCCAUGGAUUCACUCUGGUAUGGAUUCAAAUAUGGUCUUGUGGAUGAACAAACAUACGAUUUACUCUGGAACAAGUGCAAUGUCCGAUCGCCCAAUCUCAUGACCCAAGGAGGGAAGCAUCUCGUCGCCGCGCAAUUGAAUGCCAAACUACAGGCCAAAAAGGAAGAGUUAUUGCUAUUAUUACAAGACAACAACAACGACAAUGUAGACAUUGACAAAGCAUUGCGGGACCAUGCCGAAGAACUCUGGAGCGAUCUGAAAAUUGUUAAUCGUCGACGACACAAUCAGCCGGGUCACGACGAAACACCCGAAUGCCGUUUGGCACAACGCAAAUAUCUUCUCAGUACAUCGGCAGGACUCUCUCAGGGAUGGAGUGACUUGUACAUUGACGACUACAGUCUCUUUGCGCCGGUCUCCAACAAGGAAGAUGAGGACAUGGCAACAUGGAUGAUACGAGACGAUGUCCGCAAGGCGUUGCAUGUGCAAGAUGCACCCACGAAACAGUGGCCCCAUGAUGACACCAUUGGAUUUGAUUACACAAAAGAGUACGAUGCCUGCAACAAUCACUUUGACGAAGGAGCCUGGAGUAUGAUCAACUUUUAUCAAGAUAUUGUACCAAGAUUGAAAAUUGCCUUUGUUUACAAUGGAGAUACCGACCCCUGUGUCACCUACGAAGGAACCCGCACCGCCAUCAAACGGGUCGGCUUCCCAGAACUGGAUGGUGGAGCCUACCGACCGUGGUUCUUCAAUCACACCGCUACUACGAUUGAACUAUUGGCCGAAAAGGCACCACUCUUUGGUCCGGGACUCUUGGUGCAAGACAUGGGACCACAGAUGGCCGGUCACAUUGUCAACUAUGAGAAUAAUCUUUCCUUCUUGACGUUUCAUGGAUCGGGACAUAUGGUGCCUCAGUUUCGACCUCAGUCGGCCUUGCACAUGGUGGAGAAGCUGGUGAACUAUCAAGAUUUGUCUCCUCUGUUGGCCAAGAAUGACACCCUCACCAGCAUGAGCGACAAUGAUUACGGAGAGUACAUGAAUCAAUGGACCGAAUCCGCCCAGACAGCACCGUUUGUGAAGGAAGCCGUUUGGGCUCCAGAACGCAGGGGAACCGCUGCGGCUGCAUGGGAAAGUUGGAGUGCAGUCCAGGCGAGUGCAAAGAGGUGAAUUCAUUAUUACGUUUUGGCAUGACGUUGUGAGAGAUGCAGACAUUCGAUGCUCUGGCUAGCUAAUGGAUAGGCCAAACAAUAAUUUUGCUCUUUUCUGCCCAGUUGGUGUCUGGGGUACCGUAGUACGAAAGCUGGCAGCAGGGAGACAGUUGCACCGCACUGGCAUGCAGCUCAAAACGGAUCGAUCAUCAAUCUAGCAAUGUUUGUAUCCAACACGUGUACGAGUCGAGCCCACACAUCUGUUGGAAAGGAUCCGGUUGAUUUUGCACCCGUUUGUUUCGGCUUCCACUGGGUCCUUUCCCUUGACAGCUAGCUAGUAUUUAGUUCAGGUUCGAGCAACAUUUAGUGGCAAUAACUGCAAAAAGAGAUGGAUAACGGUGGAGUUUAU